AUCACUGAAGGCGGCAAUGAUCUCGAGUUGUCUCCGUUGCUGUUCUGAGUUCGAAGCGUAUAUUUUUAGAUGUAAAGGCGAUGACUGAUUCGGAUGUCUCUAUGUUUGUCAAUCACAUAUCCGUAUGGCGUGUUAUUAAGUAAUAUGCUUAGAGGAUUUAGGGCAGGGAUUUAAGCAGGACCAAAUGGGGCUCAAAGUGUCACCCUGAAACAAUCCACGUCUGAUUCUUAUUUUAUCAGAUUCUAUUCGACCCUCUCUUGUGUGAAUCAGCAGUGCUGUCCUCCAGGUGUUCAUGAGUUGUUUUAGGAGAUCGAUGAUUUGUUCCGUGAAUUUCCAAUACUUUUAUCAGCCAGGUGUGAGGAACCGAGUCAAAGGCUUUCUUGUAGUCGAUCCAUGCAACAGAUAUGUUUCUAAGUUUCUUUCUGGCCUGUUUAGUUAUUAUAUAGUCGACCACAAGAAGCUCCUUGCAGCCCUUGGUUUUGGGACGGCAUCCAUUCUGUUCCUCAGCAAUAAGAUUAUGUUCUUUGAGGUGCUUACAGAUAUGUCUGAUUGGGAUGUGGACAAAUAUAAGGACGAUACGGAACCAGAGCAACAUUGGGAACUACGAAAAGAAUUUAUGGAAGUUCAUAAAGACAAAUUUCCGGAAGAUUACCUUGUAGCAUUAGCUAGAACUUUUGCAAACGUUGAAUUCAUGGGAUGUGUAUAUCCUGCACCUGUUAUGAUAAGAAUUGCCGAAUUAUCUAAAGAUGUGGCCAAUAAAUAUCGUGAAAUCAAAAAAACAAAGUUGCAAAGAACAUUUGUAACGGCAUCUAGUGCUGCUGAAAAUAAAGCAAAAAGAACAAGUGAUCCUGGACCUAAGAGGAAAAAGUGAGAGUUGUAUGGACUAGAUAAUUUUUUAAUUUAUCAAAAUAUCUCUCGAACAACAACAGAAGUGUCAUUUGUAUUGAAAGUUGCAAUUGUGUAAUAUAAAUAUAAUUGAUAAACAUCUUUUACAAAAGAA